CGUCGCCGUCGUCCCGUCGGCCGGCUCCCGCCAGUCGAGUCGCGUCCGCCGUACCGUGAACGUGGUCCCCUCGUGGUUCGGCUGAUCGACCCCCGCGCAUUUUCACCGCCCUGCGAGAGCGCGACCCUUCCGCCGAGUGAAAAAAAAAAUGGCCUGCAACAGAGCUGCCAAGUCCGGAUUCGCCGCGGAGGCGCAGAGGAAGAUCAAUAGCAAGUAUAGCGAGGAACUCGCGCAGGAAUGUCUGGAAUGGAUCAAGACGAUCACCGGCGAAAACAUAAACACCAACGGGGAUAUGGACAACUUCUACGAGAUCCUGAAAGACGGAAUUCUGCUGUGCAGACUGGUGAACGACAUCAAGGAGGGCUCGGUGAAGAAAAUUAACAAGACGUCGCUCGCCUUCAAGUGCAUGGAGAACAUAAACGCCUUCCUGGAGGCUGCGAAGUCAUUAGGUGUACCGCCGCAAGAGACUUUCCAAACCGUAGACCUCUGGGAAAGACAGAAUCUAAAUUCCGUUGUUAUUUGCUUACAAUCUCUUGGAAGGAAGGCGGGUAAUUACGGCAAACCGAGCAUCGGGCCUAAAGAAGCGGAUAAGAAUGUACGUAACUUCACGGAGGAACAACUGAGGGCCGGACAAGGUGUAAUAAGUCUACAAUACGGCAGUAAUAAAGGUGCUAAUCAGAGCGGCAUCAGUUUUGGCAACACUAGACACAUGUAAACAUCUGCUUACGUAUUCGCGCCGAGAGGCGAAGCCCCUCUGUUCUCACCUCUCUUCUGACUUUAUUCCUGCAACAAGUACUCCUUUAGACGUAGCAUAAUAGAUGUUAACGAGGUCCAAAAUAAAGUGUACUGAGCGAUAUGUAUAUCUUCAUCGCAACGGAAAACAAGAAGAUAUAAGAGUCUUCAAGUUAAAAGAGUGGUACAAGAUAUAACUUAAGAAAGAAAAAGACGGCUUAAUCCUUGGGCAACGACGUACAAUGGAGAUUUCUCAUACAGUUCACGCAGAAUUUCCUCUUUUUUAUUGUAAUCCUAAUAUCGCCGGGCACCUCUCCCUCUUUUAGACAAUUUUUUACAAAACGCUAUGUUCUGAUAUUACAAAUAUAUUCUAUCUAAUUGUAAGAUAUAUUAAAGUAAUUUUUUGCUAUUUAAGUUUUUGCAAAUUUUUAUCAGUCCACGCAUCCAAGGAUUAAGCCGUACCUAUAUUUCGCUUUGAUAUAAACUAUUUAAUUGGAUUGUUCGUUAUCACUUUGUUCAAACCACGUAAUAAAUUCAGAAUUGACAUUGUAUGUUGUACGCAAGUAUAUCGAAGCGAGCACUCUGUAAAAUGUACGUUAUAUUUUAUAUUCUGUUUCCUGAUCAUCUGAUACUUCGAGGUGAAUCAUUUUACGUACGUAUACUAUACAUACAGUACUAGUAUGUAUUUAUUAGCUAUUGUAUUUCACGACACAUACAAUCGACUGUGUAGCUCUCAGGAUAGAAAAUACACAAACAUUCUUACACAAUACAAAGGAACAAAGAAUAUUGUGCGUUAGCACUAGCUCGGGCAGCCUCUAUAAUUGUUGAAUGUUUCAAAGUAUAUAUUGUACAACGAAGAGAAUUCUACUGGCUAGCUGCGCUACUGCAAUUAAACAUUUCAAGUUACGAUCUAAUCAAAUGAUUCUACAAAUUUGUGUUGCACGAGAGAUAAUAAUUAUAUAUAAUUAUAUAUAAUUAUAUAUUAAGUAUUUUGUACAAAUAUAUAUUGAUGGUUAGAAAAAUAAUUUUUCAUAAUAUGCUGAUGAUAUGAGUUAAUAAACGAUACAUCAAUAAGUGAUUUUAUAUUAAAUAUUACUUAUGAUGAAGUACAAUUGUA